CGUUCGAUUUUAUUUCGGGUAGCGGAGGAGAGCGACCUAAGGACACCGUACAAGUAGAACGCGGCUGCGUGUGGAGAAGAACGAAGCGGCGGAGCAAUGGCCGGGCAGGACACGACGCCGAGCACCAAGGCGGCGGCGCCACCGGCGACCAUCCGCCUCGUCAACUUCAUCUCCGAGGACCAGCUCGAUGAGGUGAAGCGGACGCGAGGGGAGCGGGUAGAGGACGGCACCGCGCAGCGCGACAAGCCUCUCUUUCAGAUCCUACAGGAGAACAAGGAGAAGAAGGACGCAGAGUUCAACGAGCGGUUCAAGCACAGACCUCCAAAAGCCUUGGAUGAGGAUGAGACCGAGUUUCUCGAAAAAUUAGCAUUGUCAAGGAGGGAAUAUGAACAGCAGGUGGCCAAUGAAGAAGAAGAAGAACUCCGCAGUUUCCAUGAGGCUGUAGCUGCCCAGUCCAAUAUUGUUCUUGAAGUAGAGAUUCCUACAGUCUCUAGACCUGAGUUGUUAACUGCCCCUCCUCAGGAGAGCAGGCCUAAGCCACCUAUGAAGAGGAACCAGCCUGCACUCCUGAAAAAUGUAAUAAUUUCUGUGAAGCCGCAAGCCAAGAAACCGAAGGUUGACCCGGAUGUUAAGCCUGCUCCCAAGAAGCAGUCUUCAAAUGGGCAUGACGCAGACCAAAAGCCACCAGAUGACAGUAAGGGCACGCUGGGCUCUCUGGUGGCUUAUGACGACGAUGAAAGUGGUGAUGAUGAAGAUUGACAAUGGUGUUUCAGAAUUCAGGUAUGGAUGCCACAAGCUUACCAGAAGAUAUGCAUUGGAGCAGCAGCCUGCGGGGUUUGCUUGACAAGAGGCAAAAUAGACUUCUCUUGCAGUCCAUAUGCAUCAAAAGCCUCCGCUGAAUUUUCCCUGUAUGUACUGUCGAAGCCCAAGACAGUAGUAAUGAUAACGGUACGUCGGUACCACUAGUUUGUAAAACUCUGUAGCAAGCACUUGCAUUUAUCUGAUCAGCCGAUGUUUCCCAUGGAUUGCUAGAGGAUUGGAGAUAGGUUUAGCUGACCCAUUGGUUGGUUGCUGCAUCAACCAGAUAUGAACAUGUACCAUGACAGAAUGUGUGGAUCAAUUUGUCAGCCUCAAGCUUGAAGUGCGA